UCUACUAAUAAAACAACCAAUUCAUAAAACAACCAAUUCAAUCUAACAUACAGAAUUAAGUAAUGAUAUCCCUUUUGACCUCAAUUCAGUAAGGUUUACUUGGAGCAAUGUAUGAUGUUCAGGUAAAGCACUCAUACUCGGCAGAUAAAACUGAGAACUAAUUUAGUCAUGUUAAUAUUUUUAAGGAUAUCAGGCAAUUAAAAUUCCUGUUUAAUUAAAAGAUGAAGCAUUACAAAGAGGGUAUGUUGUGUCAGAUGGAUGUGAACUCUUCACUACCUUUUGGCCAGUGGUUUAAACAGUGUGAAGACCAGCCAACAGUGAAAUAAAGGAAAGGUCUUAGAUAAUGCUAGGGCAUGCAACAUACAUAAGAGAAAUAUAACAAUAUACUUUAUUUUGUCUCUUAUGUAGGCGUUUUAUAAGAAGAUUAUUGCCAGCAUAAUGGAAAACAGCAGGAGUUGUAUUGCUUUGUACUGGCAUAUUAAUAUGUUUCAUUAUUGUGUCUAUGGCAACUGGCAUUUCUACCAACUCCUCCACUACAUUUUUAUCUGCAGUCUUUUGCCAGAUUCUGGGAAUAGUUUUUUUUUUCGUUCUUUGUCCUUUGCUAUGUUUUCAUCCUGGACUAUCGUUCAAAAAGAAAGCCUCUUCAUUAACAGAGCACCUAUUGGAAUAUUAAUUAUCUUCUAUUCAUCCCCCUUUCAUAGUUAAAUCUGUGUUGCUGUGUAACACUCCCCAUUCCAUUUGUUACUCGGUGACUAACAUUGUCUUCUGUGUGGGUUUAAAUAGAUUGACCCUAGAGCUACGCAGAACGCUGUGACACAUAGGGACAAGAAAUAUGCUUGCACAUGCGCGGCAGCACCCACCGUCCACACGCAUGCAGUGAAAAUGUAAUGCAGAGUGGCACACCAACAGAUAGCGUCAAAUUAUAUUGUUAUAAAGUCGCAAAAUAACACGUGUCUCUACACCCCACUCCUCCAUGCAUACCAAGACAUUAAAUUAUUUUGACACACAGCUGGAGAGAGAGAGCAGUGACACGCUUGUGCAACAUUAUGUUAUGUCUGUUUUGAGGUGGUAUGUGAAAGCGAAUGAAAUGUUCUCAUUUCAAUCACCAUUCUGUAUUACUGCAUACAGUAGGCUACACCGCUGCAUUAAGUAUUCAGUGUAUGUUUAAUGCGAGUAUAACCUUACGCAGUGGAGAUGUAAAUACAAAUUAAAUAAACUAGAUCAUGUUACCGCCUGCAAUAAUGUGCAUUAGAAUCGGUGGGAAUAAUUUAAGUAAAUUAAAAGUAGGCUAGAUAUUAAGUGGAAAAACCAAGAGAGGCGGGGAAGGGAGGGCGGAGACAGUUGUUUAUAUUCGUGUGGCUCAGUGGCUGUAAAUCGUCAACUCGUCUAGUGAGCUAGGAGCAAGAUUCACUAUUUCAACCUAGUUGCACUACUAGGUAACAACAUUAGAUAAAUACGUGAAUAGAUAUAGGUUCUGAUUUGAUUUGUCCAAUAAGGCCGAGGAUCAAGGGAAGGAGUGCACAACAUAUUUUAAGUGAAUCUCCUUAUGUGAUUUUAAAAGGAGAACAAAAAUAAGAAGGUAGGUUAGAUUGUGAAAUAAGAACAAGUUAUUUCACAAAGGAAGCAAAAGCUACAGAAACACAGGCGGCAACAUAACAUAGCAUAAAGGGACAACGCGCGCAGCAGAGUGGUGACCUGGCCAGAGCGCGAUGUUUGGAAUGAUAAAGAAUACCAUUUUCGGGAACACCGAAGAAACGGACUACAAAUUGCUCAGCAGCGAGACCAAGUUUGUCAACAUGUGUGUCAUUGGUGAAUCACGUUUGGCCUCCCGCUCUCUUCCCCAGGAGGGGGUCAGCUACGAGGUGCGGAGGUAUGAUGGUGCAAAGUAUGCCUCAGUGAGCUCAGAGGGGCGGACCUUUGACCAGGUGACGGGGGAGCUAGUGAGGAAGCUGCUCGUGUACAUUGGGGGAAGCAACGACCAAGGGGAGGCAAUGGGGACGACAGCACCGGUUAUCAUCACAGUAUAUCCCAGGGACGAUGGUGUGAUGUCACGCCGUUUGGUGGUUAGCCUCAGGAUUCCCACCAACUACCAAGUCAGUCCCCCUGUGCCCAUCGACAGUGCCAUCAGAAUCGAGGAUCGACCCGGCAUGACUGUCUACUCACUGCAGUUUGGAGGCUUCGCAGGGGAGACUGAGUACCGUGCAGAGGCCUCUCGCCUAACCAAAACUCUUGGUGAGACUGCCCCCUUUCAGCGGAAACAGUACUUCUGCUGCACCUACGACCCGCCAAUGAAACCCUACGGCCGACGCAACGAGGUGUGGUUCCUACAGGAGGAGCCAUAAGGGAAGCAUUAAGACCGACUCUUAAUAAUAACCUAUAGUCACUUCCUCUCCAUCUUCACUGAUCACUUGAUCUUCAUCCCCAAAAAAUAGGAUAUGUGAAAAUAAUAUGGCAACAGGGGAUUUGUUUUCAAAUCAGUGCAAAUGAAGGAGAGGUGAUGCAAAGAAGAGUAUUAGACUAUUGAAAGGUCAUAAAGGGGAGGGAUGGGCAGCGGGCUACAUAGUUACUGGUCCAAAGUAGUGCAAUAGUACGGUACCAUUAUCAGUAACUGGAUAUUAAGUGGCCUAGGGUUAGGAGCCACUAACCAUAAAGUACUGCUGUGUGUUAUAGGUGGUACAUCAUUAACUCAAGUUCUUAUUUUGUACACCCAGGGGUUGACACUCCCCUUAAAACAUGCUUCGUAGUGCUUGGAAGAAAUCAGGCUGUACACAUAUCACUAUUCAGCAGUCUAAUUAAAUUAUGCUUGACUUCACACACCAUAAAAACAAAAUGACAGUUAAUUUAAUUACUUAUUGAAUACUUACGUUUUAAAAAGCACAAUUCCUUUUCCCAAGGGAGGGAAUUGGAAAUAAACUAGGAAUUGAGCCAUAGAAUAGUGAUAGUCAAAUGUUUUCUUUAGUAUGAAUUAGUUGGUGGGGAGGAUAUGAAGGAGAAAUGUAUUAGUCAUUCCUUAAGUGUUAUCAUUUGAGAUGUCUAAUCCUUCUGUGAUGAUGACAUGAAAACUUUAAGACAGCAGUUGUGUGUAGUGAAUGUUUUGGUGUGCUUGUAUUUGGAGUCUUUGAAUUGUAAUGUUACUUAUUAUGAUUCUUGAAACUGUAUUUUGAAAUACCUCUGUAUAGUGUGUGAUUUUCUGUGAAAAUAUGGAGUGACGAUAUCGUCAGGAUUUGAUAGCGUUUCAUAUCAUAAUGUUAUUGAAGAUAUUACUAAUA